AUGUGCAGGAGGGUCUUGAUCAAUGUGCUGAUUGUGGCCUUCUGUUCUGGCAUUUUGCAAGCGGAGGUCUGCAAGAUAGACAUGAAGGAAUGCGUCUUCCAUUUUGAGGUUGAGCACCGACUAACCAUGAUGAGAGGUAAAACAUUGGUCUUUCCGCACGGUGGUAAUGUGUUUGCGUACGACGUUAAUGACACAUCCACCGCUGAACCAAUUCCACAUGACCAGGUGAUUACAGCCGAUGGGUGGGAGAAUCCAAGACUUGUUUCUGUAGUCAACGGGCAAUUCCCAGGGCCAAAUAUAAUCGUUUUUGAGGGGCAACAGAUUGUCGUGCAUGUAAAGAACAAACUGAACAGUCACGGAGUUACCAUUCAUUGGCACGGUCUUCAUCAGGUCGACACGCCGUGGAUGGAUGGGGUCCCGUUUGUGACACAAUGCCCGAUACUUCCAGGACAGUCAUUUACCUAUCGCUUCAAGGCCAGUCCAAAAGGAACAUUCUGGUGGCACUCGCACGCAGGGGCACAGAGAACCAUGGGUGUGUACGGAGCUUUCAUAAUCAAAGAGAGAACCGAGACGACCACAGAAGAUCUAAUAAUGCAAAUAACGGACUGGAACCAUGACAUGGAUUCUGACACGGAUCACGCGAAAAUGAUCUACGGUGUGUACGAUGGAAGAAAGAAAUGGAACCCAAGCCAGUCACUAGAUAGUAGUUUCUUUAGUAUGUUGCUUAUACAUUCUUUACUUAUCAAUGGGAGAGGACGCUACUACCAGGAGAAUAAUAUUGACCACAAUGGCGCUCCUUUAACUGUUUACAACGUCAAGUCAGGCAACAAAUAUCGGUUCCGAGUUAUUGGAACUGGUGCAUUAUAUCCCUUCAGGAUAUCAAUCGACUCGCACACAUUGACUGUUGUUGCCUCUGAUGGUUACGACCUGAAACCAGUUGAAGCAGAAUCAUUUGUCAUUAAUCCAGGCGAGAGAUUCGACUUCGAGAUUACAGCCAAUCAGCCGGUCGAUAACUAUUGGAUACGUGGCAUUACGUUGGAGAAAGGACGCUACCGCCGAGCAGAUGCAAUUUUACGCUAUGAAACCGCUACUGCGUCUGACCCAAAGACAAACCGCCAGCAAUGUACAGCUGCAAAGACAUGUUUAGUUUUAAAUUGCCCUUUUACAUAUUAUCCAGAAGCGUACACUGAAUGUGUAACGUUUGACCAGUUGAAAUCUGCUGUAAAUGACGACCCAGCACCUGUCUUUGAGCCUGGCAUGUCCAAAGAAUAUUUCCUUAAUUGGGCUUUUCCUGGCGUGAAACCUUACCCGGGUUCAGUCAACGGGCACCCGGGUUCAGUCAACGGGAGAGACUUUCAUACCCCGGAUGUAAAUCUUCUUUUGCAACCAAAGGAAUGGUCAUCCCCUUGCAAAUCUCCAGAGUGCGGCGAUGACCGACAUUGUUUGUGUACGCAUGCGUUAGAAAUAGGCGGUGGGGAUACUAUUCAAAUGGUCUUAAUGAACAUGGGAAUGGGCAAAGGAUGGUCGCACCCUAUACACAUGCACGGACAUUCGUUUUACGUCCUGAAAAUGGGAUACGGGAAUUAUAAUUCAUCAACAGGGGCGAUACAAGGCGACAAUUCAGAUAUCGAUUGCAGAGGACCAGUUACCGACCCUAAGAAAUCAUUUUGCAACAACGCAACAUGGAGUGAUGCGGCUUGGCUCAACGGACGUGUACCGCGCUUAGAGCUGAACAAUCCUCCUCGUAAAGACACGAUUAUUGUUCCCACUGGCGGAUAUGUUGUCAUUCGGAUAAAGGCUGACAACCCCGGUCUCUGGAACAUGCACUGCCACAUUGAACUUCACAGUAUGGACGGCAUGCUUAUGCUGUUAAAUGAAUCGUUCACUGAAAUACCAUCAGCGCCGAAAGGAUUUCCAGACUGCCAUUCGUAUCCGCCAUCUCCUAACAGAAUGAACCUUAUAUCGAAGGCAGAGGAACACCAGCAAGCUCAAGAGGCAUCGGAUUCUGCAAUAACGAAGGAAAAUUACCAUGUACUUCUUGGCCUACUCAUCGCAGUACUUUCGCUGCAGACCAUUCUUGUGCUAUGCAUUUUUUGCGUGUGUUUGAAAAAAACAAAGUCUUCCAACGACAAGUAUACAUUGAACGCAAACGGCGCAACAAACGGUGGGAAUGUCAACAAUGGUUUCAAUAUGAAUAAACUGUAGACAUGUGUAGUUCAGUCUCAAUGCACUGUAUACCCUUCACGAUUGAAUUCGAUAAAACAUAUUACAUGGACUUAGACAGUAACUAAGAACACCGUUCAUAAGCACAGCUCAAAAUUGCACACAUUUUGAUACUCAAAAUGUUGAGUGGUAAGCAUCGCAUUUUACUAACGAUUCGUCACAAACGUAUGGGAGCGUAAUGAAACGGUCUUCUUUUAAUAUGUAAAUAUUUGUUAAAUAUCACUGAGACUGUACUCUCUUUUCCAUGAUCUGUAGUGAACAAGAAUCCAUGGGGAAACAGAAAUCCAAAACCAAAGUAUCAAUACAGAUAUAUUUAUUCAGCGGACAUGUAAUACGGGAUAACUGUACGUCACUUGAUCGUCCUGAAAAUUUGCAAUUAAACAAUAAUUCUCAUUUUAUAAAAAUAACCAAUUAUACGGUUGCCGUUGUAAACAAUUAUAAGUAUAUAUUAAUUUUCAUACGACAGUCGGUGGGGAAUCAAUAUCAUAUGUACAUGCUUUAAACAUUUUAAAGCACCUAUAAUUUUGUACAAACUUACAUAAACGACAGCGACAAAAAAAGAAAAUCUUUGACAAAAGAAACCUUUUAUUUAUUAUGGUUUAUAUAUUGUAUUAAUAUAACAGUUAAUUGUAUUUAAGAAUACGUAAAUAUAUCUAUCGAAAAAAGUAUCUGUAUACUUUCACGUUUAUUGCUUGAUUACCCGAUACAAAAAUCGUCAACUUGUUAAACGAUCUAUUCGAAGCUGUUCUUAAAAUGUUUGACGUUCUAUUUCAAUGUAAUCCUCUCAUUAUUUAACUUUCUAUUUCACUUUAAACCUUAUAAUGCUGAACGUUCUAUUUCAAUGUAAUCAUUUAAUUGCUUUACGUUCAA